UCGCGCAUUCAUCGCACACACAUGCGAUAGCACGCGCAGUUUUCCCACCAUUCACAAAAAAACUCGCUUGCAAUUUACUAUUUGUUUAAACAAAACUGGCUUUGUUUGCUGUUAAUUGCACGAUUUCAUGGUGAUUGAAGGGUGAUUGACAAUUCUGUGGAACGAUUUUCAGCGCAAAUUGACGGCGACAAGAGGCAGGACGCGAAUUUUGCUGGCAAGGAAUUGACGGAAAAAGUAAGUUCCACUUGACAGACAGACGCCGGCAUUGCGAAAAUGUCCAAAGCAGAUGCCACCGCCGUGGAGGCCACCGAGGAGAACUCGAAUGAGACAACCUCGGAUGCGGCCACCAGUUCAUCCGGCGAGAAGGAGGCCGAGUUCGACAACAAAAUCGAGGCGGAUCGCAGUCGACGCUUUGAUUUCCUGCUGAAGCAGACGGAGAUUUUCACGCAUUUCAUGACCAACAGUGCCAAGAGCCCCACCAAGCCCAAGGGCAGGCCCAAAAAGUCCAAGGAGGAGAAGAAGGACAAGGAUGUGGCCGACCAUCGUCACCGCAAAACGGAGCAGGAAGAGGAUGAGGAGCUGCUGGCGGAGGACGCUGCUGCCACCAAAGAGCUUUUCCGCUUCGAUGCCUCGCCCGCCUACAUCAAGGGCGGUGAAAUGCGUGACUAUCAGAUUCGCGGUCUCAACUGGAUGAUUUCGCUGUACGAGAAUGGCAUCAACGGCAUUCUGGCCGACGAAAUGGGUCUGGGAAAGACCCUGCAGACCAUCUCCCUGCUGGGUUAUCUCAAGCACUUCAAAAAUCAAGCUGGCCCGCACAUCGUCAUCGUGCCCAAGUCCACGCUGCAGAACUGGGUGAAUGAGUUUAAGAAGUGGUGCCCUUCCCUAAGGGCCGUCUGUCUGAUCGGUGAUCAGGACACUCGCAACACCUUUAUACGAGACGUUCUCAUGCCCGGCGAGUGGGAUGUCUGUGUCACCUCCUAUGAGAUGUGCAUCCGCGAGAAGUCGGUGUUCAAGAAGUUCAACUGGCGCUACUUGGUUAUCGAUGAGGCCCAUCGCAUCAAGAAUGAAAAAUCGAAGCUCUCGGAGAUCCUUCGCGAGUUCAAGACGGCCAACCGUCUGCUCAUCACGGGUACUCCGCUGCAGAACAAUCUUCACGAGCUGUGGGCGUUGCUAAAUUUCCUUUUGCCCGAUGUAUUUAACUCUUCGGAGGACUUUGACGAAUGGUUCAACACGAACACUUGCUUGGGCGACGAUGCCCUGAUAACACGUCUGCAUGCCGUGCUGAAGCCCUUCCUACUGCGUCGCCUCAAAGCGGAGGUCGAGAAGCGUCUGAAGCCGAAGAAGGAGAUGAAGAUAUUCGUAGGCCUGUCCAAGAUGCAGCGCGACUGGUACACCAAGGUGUUGCUUAAGGACAUCGACAUCGUGAAUGGCGCUGGCAAGGUGGAGAAGAUGAGGCUGCAGAACAUCCUGAUGCAGCUGCGAAAGUGUACCAAUCACCCGUAUCUGUUCGAUGGCGCAGAGCCGGGACCGCCGUACACCACGGACACCCAUUUAGUGUACAACUCCGGGAAGAUGGCUAUUCUAGACAAGCUUCUGCCCAAGCUGCAAGAGCAGGGAUCACGAGUGCUGAUCUUCUCGCAGAUGACGCGUAUGCUGGACAUUCUGGAGGACUACUGUCAUUGGCGUAACUACAACUACUGCCGUCUUGACGGUCAGACGCCGCACGAGGAUCGUAACAGGCAGAUCCAGGAGUACAACAUGGAAAACAGCACCAAGUUUGUAUUCAUGUUGUCUACUCGCGCUGGCGGCUUGGGUAUUAACUUGGCCACCGCUGACGUGGUCAUAAUCUACGACUCCGACUGGAAUCCCCAGAUGGAUCUGCAGGCCAUGGAUCGUGCCCAUCGUAUUGGUCAGAAGAAGCAGGUGCGCGUUUUCCGUCUGAUCACCGAGAGCACCGUGGAGGAGAAGAUCGUGGAGAGGGCCGAGGUGAAGCUGCGGCUGGACAAGAUGGUCAUUCAGGGCGGCCGUUUGGUGGACAACCGCUCCAAUCAGCUGAACAAGGACGAGAUGCUCAACAUCAUUCGCUUUGGAGCCAACCAAGUGUUCAGCUCCAAGGAGACCGACAUCACCGACGAGGACAUCGAUGUUAUUCUGGAGCGCGGUGAGGCUAAGACAGCCGAGCAGAAGGCGCAGCUGGACAGUCUCGGCGAGAGCUCUUUGCGCACCUUCACCAUGGACACUAACGGUGAGGCCGGCACAUCCUCCGUCUACCAAUUCGAAGGCGAGGAUUGGCGCGAGAAACAGAAACUCAAUGCUUUGGGUAACUGGAUUGAGCCGCCGAAGCGAGAGCGUAAAGCCAACUAUGCCGUGGAUGCCUACUUCCGGGAGGCUCUGCGUGUAUCUGAACCCAAGGCGCCGAAGGCUCCGCGUCCGCCUAAGCAACCCAUCGUGCAGGACUUCCAGUUCUUCCCGCCACGUCUCUUCGAGCUGCUCGACCAGGAGAUCUACUACUUCCGCAAGACCGUCGGCUACAAGGUGCCCAAGAACACGGAACUGGGCUCCGAGGCAACGAAGGUGCAGCGGGAGGAGCAGCGCAAGAUCGACGAGGCGGAGCCGCUCAGUGAGGAGGAGAUCCAGGAGAAGGAGAACCUGCUCUCGCACGGCUUCACCGCCUGGACCAAGCGCGAUUUCAAUCAGUUUAUCAAGGCCAACGAGAAGUAUGGCCGCGAUGACAUCGACAACAUUGCCAAGGAUGUGGAGGGCAAGACACCGGAGGAGGUUAUCGAAUACAACGCCGUGUUCUGGGAGCGUUGCACGGAGCUCCAGGAUAUUGAGCGAAUAAUGGGACAAAUUGAGCGUGGAGAGGGCAAGAUACAGCGACGUCUGUCCAUUAAGAAGGCAUUGGAUCAGAAGAUGUCGCGAUACCGAGCUCCUUUCCAUCAGCUGCGUCUGCAAUAUGGCAAUAAUAAGGGCAAGAAUUACACAGAAAUCGAAGACCGUUUUCUGGUCUGCAUGCUGCACAAGCUGGGCUUCGACAAGGAGAACGUAUACGAGGAGCUAAGAGCGGCCAUUAGAGCCUCGCCUCAAUUCCGUUUCGACUGGUUCAUCAAAUCUCGCACAGCUUUGGAGCUGCAGCGUCGUUGCAAUACCCUGAUCACCCUAAUUGAACGCGAGAACAUCGAGUUGGAGGAGAAGGAGCGCGCCGAGAAAAAGAAAAAGACGCCCAAGGGCAGUGUUUCGGCGGGCAGUGGAAGUGCCGGUUCGAGUACUCCAGCACCCACGCCGCAGCCUAAGGCCAACCAAAAACGGAAGAGCGAGGUGGUGGCCACCAGUUCCAACUCAAAGAAGAAGAAGAAGUAAAGAGGCACUGGGCAAGUUAUGCACUUGAGAUUCGGCUCCACUCAUAAUUAGGCAGUUAAAUAGUUAAGACAAGCCUUUACUUAAACAUAUUUCGCCCGACAUAGAUACGUAUGAUGUAGCUUUUAACUCACACCGGAAGCAAUUUUUCCUUUUAGUGCCCCAAAAAGCACACCAUCCAACUCACAAAGAAUACCAGAACCAUAAAACCACAUCCAGUUUUAAUUGUAUUGCGUGCCGCUGUAUUCUAUUCCAGUUAAUUGUACUUUUGUUUAUAAGUCCUUAACUAUUAUAUUUAUGUAUUGCAAAACAA